UUCUUGUAUGGUGCCCCAACAGUCCAACAGACUAAGGGAUAGGUGAAGGUGAAGGGAAUGUCAGACCGAAUAGGCCUCUUUAGUCACAACCAAUUCUCUUUCCAUAAUCUCCAACCGUGUUGACUAUGCCCACAUUUAUAGGCAAUCCUUGAAUGUCGAGUAUGUAAUGAAGUGUACAGAUUUCAAGGAGAGAAGGUGCCAAGGCUAUUGAUGUGUGGCCACACCUGCUGCCAUCAAUGCCUCACACGCUUACAGCUCCAUGGCAGGUCUCUGCUCUGCCCAUUUGACAGGCAGCCUACAGAGAUAGGAGACUCUGGUAUUUGGGGCUUGAAGAAAAACUUUGCCUUGCUUGAGCUUCUGGAGAGGCUAGAGUACAUUCCAGUGAGAUCACUCCCAGAUCCAGUAGUUGCCAGGGAGCAGAGUCUUUCUAUCAGCUGUGAUGAGAAUGAACUGCACACGGCUGUUAUCUUUUGCACUGUCUGCAGCACUCACUUGUGUGUGGAGUGUUCAGACAUCACACACUCCACCCGCACACUAGCCAGGCACAAGCGUGUACCCAUCUCAGAGAAGCCCAAGGAGAACCCAAAAUGUGUUUAUCACCCAAUGCAUCAUGUAGAGUUUGCAUGUCUGGAGCCAGAGUGCAAGUCAUCUCCCUUAAUGUGUUACAUUUGUAAGGACUACGGGAGACACAUGAAGCACAAGCAUUCCUUAUUAGAGACUGAAGCAGAAAAUAUUAGUGCAUCCAUUAAAAGUGCUAUACAGCACAUCAAGUCAUUUGCUGAUGAAGUGACAGACUCAGUGAGAAAGUUUAACGUAGUGAUACAGCAAAUAGAAGGUGGCCCACAAAUAGCUAAUGGUCAGGAUGAUUCAUCUACCACACAGAUUUCUGGAACUGCAGAGCAAGCUCGACAUAAAAUCAAAACAUAUUUCAGUGAUUUGAGAGAAAAUCUGAGCCGGCAAGAAAUGGCAGCACUUGGUGCUGUGGACACACACAUACGAGAAAAAUUGUGCUCCUUGAGGCAGCAGCAAGAAGACAUGACCAUACUCAUGUCUCAGAUCUCUUCUGUGUGUCAUCAGUGUGAGACCACUUUACAACAGGAUGAUACCAAAAUUCUCCUGGCUAAACCAGAACUAAGUAAUUUGUUAGAUACUUUACAAAAACAGCAGCAGCAGUUUAUGGAUAUCCCAGAUCAAAUUCUGUUAGAGCCAACGAUCCCCAUCACAUUUACUAAGGAUAACAGAGUACACAUUGGACCUAAGAUAGAAAUGAGAGUUGUCACCCUUGGACUGGAUGGGGCGGGAAAGACCAGCAUACUUUUUAAACUGAAACAGAAUGAAUUCAUUUCAACAAUACCUACAAUAGGUUUCAAUGUGGAGACUGUUGAAUACAAAAACUUUAAAUUUACAAUUUGGGAUGUUGGUGGCCAGCAUAAAAUUAGACCUUUGUGGAAACACUAUUAUUUUAAUACUCAAGCUGUCAUAUUUGUGGUUGACAGCAGUAAGAAAGAUAGACUGGUAGAAGCCCAAGGGGAGCUAGUCAAACUUGUUCAAGAGAAAGAACUGAAGGAGUCGUCUCUCUUGAUAUUUGCAAAUAAACAGGACCUGGCUGAAUGUUUGUCUAUAGAAGAAUUAACAGAACAACUUGGGCUGUUAAAACUUUGUUGUAAUCGAAGUUGGCAUCUUCAAGCUUGUGAUGCCAAAAGUGGUCAAGGUUUGGCUGAUGGUUUGGAAUGGUUGUCAAGACAAAUGGUAGCUGCUGGAGCCCCUGAACUAGCUUAAUAUUGGGCAUUUAUUAAAAACAUGUCCCACAGUUGACCCAACUUUCUGUUACAAAGUCUUUACAAAAUACAGUAUUAAUGAAUUACCAUCAGUUGUUAAUUCCUACAAAAAUAAACCCUAUAUUUAAUAAAAAUGCAAGAUUAUUGAAAAAAUAUAAUUUAAGUAUGUUGGCAUUGAGUCCUUCAUAAUUUAGCUGAACCAGUUCAGCUUGACAUUAAUUUUAUUGCUUAUUACUGUAUUUUCACGCAUUUUAAUUGCUGGUUAUAAAAAAUUUUCAAAUGAAUGGCUGCUGUGCGGAGUAUACAAAUGUGUGGGAGUUUACUCAUAAAUAUAGCGUAAUGGAAAUUUGGACAUACUUCUGGGUCUUUAUACCACCUGUGGUUGGCUGUGUGGUUGUGAAAUGUUAAUUGGAAAGCUUUAUGAACAUCUCAUUAUAAACCUCAAGAAAACAAAUAGUACCGAUGCGGCAGAGAGUCUUUUAUAUACCAAUGGUAUACAGUCGCUUUGGGAUCCCCAGCAUGCAUUAAAUGUAGUAAAUUUAAAGACCAAACAAACUUCUUUAAAGACAAUGAAAUCACUUAAGCAUUUAUUACAAGCUGUUAAUACAAUGGUUGCAGUUAUAUGUUAUUACUGGUUGUUGUUAUUGAAGAAAAAAUCAAUUUAUUUCUAGUAGUAAUGUAAGCAGUUGUGGUAUUUGUAGAAAAAUAGUUUUUAGUUAUUCCCAUGGAAAGGUUAUCCUUAAUGAGGUAAUAGAAGAUACAAUGCCACAGUAAAAUUUGUUGUCUGGUGCUUUGUUUAUUAUACUAACAAUUGUUUGUUAGAGUUGUGUAAAAGCUGUAGUAGUUAUGGACUUAACUUUGCCUGUAAUCUAUAAUUUUAGAACAUUUGAAUGAAAAAAUGAUUAUUGUUUUAUUAAUGAAAUGUUGGUAUUCAGAUAAAGUAUAUGGAAUAGAAGAAUUUUUUUGUUUAAUUUACUAUGGCAUUAAAUGUUACCAUAACUAAACUUUUAGUAAUUCUGUAUACCACAUUUUUUUUCUUGUUUCUCUCUUCACUAAAGGAACACUGUUAGAUUACUAGUUUGUUUUCCCACUUUCUUUUUUGAAAUGAAGACCUGGGACAUCACCACAUACCUAUGUUUUAGAAAAUGGAAUGUUUGUUUGUUAGAUCAAAAGAAUGCUGAACAUCAUAACAAUUCCCAUCUUAAUUAAAUAAAAAAAAAAAAAGUAUUUAGAAAGAAAUUUUUUUUAAGCACAGAUUUGGGAGGGGCGGGAGUGUAUAUAUCUUUUUAAUUAUGAAAAUGAUGUGUAUUUUUUUUUUUUUGAAGUGUUAAAAAAUGGUUGUUGUUUUUUUUUUUUUUUUUGACAAAGAAAAUGAUUUUUUAAACUUCAGAGAUUGUCACUUGAUUGGUCAAUAGUUAUUAAAUUUACUUGCAUGUUUAGCAGAGGCCUUUUUCUUAUGCUUGUGUCAUAGUCCAGGGGUGGGCAACCUUUUUCUAUUGAGGGCAACAUAAAAUAAAAAACUUUUGGAAUGGGGACCAUAUAAAUAUAUGUAUGUGUGUGUGUGUGUGUGUCUGUGUACUUUCAAUUUAGAAAAAUAUGAUAGCUAACUGUGUAUAAUGUAUUUUAAUUCACAUUUGUAAUGCAUUUAUACAUUUACAUUUAAUUUUUUACACUCCUAAUUGAGGAAUCACAACAUGAGUUUGCAAUUUCUUAAACUAAAUUUUUUUUUUUUUACUUUAUUAUUGUAUUUUGCAUCACAUUUCAUCCCAAAUGUACUGUUGUAUGUAAUUUGAAGUAUUUAACUUUUUGCACUCAUGGAUAAUGUUUCUUAUCCUUGUGACUACCUUCAAAUUACAGAGACUCAGGAUUGACCUGUUCUUAAACAUUUUAUUUUCAAACACAAAAAAAUGCUUGUUGGCAGAUUGAUAUGGACCCAAAUAAUGUGAAAGUUUAGUAGCAAAGUUUUAAAAAUCUGAUUUCACUUGCCAGCCUGGAGAAUUGAGAAAACAUUACUUCCCUUUACAAUAAUGUUGAUGGCAAACAUGAAGUCUGUCUUCCAUCUUCAUUAGAAAUAUUAGUAACAAAGUCACAGUCAAUGUCCUUCAAGGAACAUAACAAAUUCUUCCUCCGGAUGACCCCCAAAUUCUUCUCAAUACCUUGCUCAUGUUAAACCAAACAUUGGAAUGUUUUGUUUCCACAUCAGAACUGCCUGUAGUUAAGAUCCUUGAGAUAAUUGUGCCAAUAUCAUCUUUGAUAUUCAAAAUAGUUUUGCACAAACUUUCCCAUGUAGAGGUAACAGUUUAUGGCUGGGAUAGAGUUCUGUAAUUUGAUUAACAAACCAAACAUUCUCUCAGUCAAAGCACAGGCUUCAUCAGUUGUUUCACUUGCCAUCUUGUUCCAUGCCAACCCAACUCUUUCAACACAGUUCUUCAUAGCAUUGAAUAAAUACUGACCUGAGUUUGUGUCUUUAACUGAAUGUUUUGACAUAUUGCCAACUAAAAUAAUCUUCAUUCUCUUUAAACUUUUUAGAAUGACAUGUAUACAAUGUUUCCUCAGCCUCUUCAUCAUAAGAAUCAGAAAUUUCAAUAAUUGCUAUCUAAAAUGUUUCAUUUUUAAUAUAUAUGCAUAUAUAUAUAUAUAAAUAAUCUGUGGGCACACCUAAUAUUUGUAGGUGUCCUCGGGCUGUAUUAAACACUCAGGCGGACCACAUGUAGCCCACAGCUCGUAUUUUGCCCACCCUUGUCAUAGACUAUCAACUAAAAGUAAGUCUUCAUGCCCAACCCAUCUGUGAUAUGUCUCACCACUGACCUAAACAACUUCAUGAGGACAAAUCAGUGGAUCCAUUUCUUUCCAGUUUAUUGUUUGUUCCAUUGUUAUUUAUUAUAAGGUAACUUAUGAAUUGAUGGGUUAUAGUUUUUUUAUAGUGACUUGGUGUGAUGUUUUUUUUUUAUGUUGUGUAUUUUAGACUUAAAUAAAUUAAGUCAGUGAUAUUGGAAUGGAAACUUUCCAUAUUGAGCUUGUUAUAAGCAUGUUUUUUUUAGUUGAGAUUGUUGACUUGGAGAUUCUGUAAAUACUGUCUAUGUAGUUCAUGGAGAAAUACAAUCUGUCAGAUUUCUGUGUGAAACUAUACAAACCAA